CCUCCCUCCCUCCCUCCCUCCUCUCCGCUCUUGCUCCACCAUCGAGCCCCUGACGGCGAUGUUUUGGUAAAAACAAAAUAGUGCCCCGAAAAUGGACGCGAACACGUCUAAAACAUGACACGUCGCCGGAGCGGGACCUAGAGCGGCGCUGCGGGCGAAACGACGGACGUCUUCGACAGAGUUUUUUAUUUUUAUUUUCCUUUUUUUUUUUUUCUUUCUUUUUUUAGCGGCCAAGUCCCUUGUGUGUCCCUCCGCAUGUCCGCCUUCCUCGUAGAUGGUCUGCGGCGAGCGUUGUGCGAGGGCGGACGACGAGCUGUUGAUGAGUAACAUGAAGGAGAUGAUCGGCGGUUGCUGCGUGUGUUCGGACGAACGCGGCUGGGCGGAGAACCCGCUGGUCUACUGCGACGGCCACGGCUGCAACGUCGCCGUGCACCAAGCCUGCUAUGGGAUUGUUCAGGUGCCGACUGGUCCGUGGUUCUGCAGAAAGUGUGAAUCCCAGGAGAGAGCGGCCCGUGUGAGAUGUGAGCUCUGCCCCCACAAAGAUGGAGCCCUCAAGAGGACGGACAACGGAGGCUGGGCCCAUGUGGUGUGUGCCCUGUACAUACCCGAGGUGGAGUUCGCUAAUGUCGCUACUAUGGAGCCCAUAGUCCUACAGUCUGUCCCCCAUGAGCGCUACAACAAGACGUGUUACAUCUGCGAGGAGCAGGGCAGAGAGAGCAAAGCCGCCACCGGAGCCUGCAUGACCUGCAACAAACACGGCUGCAGACAGGCCUUCCACGUCACAUGUGCCCAGUUUGCAGGGUUAUUAUGUGAAGAACAAGGCUCAGAUGCAGAUAAUGUCAAGUACUGUGGAUACUGCAAAUACCAUCACAGCAAGCUGAAACACAAGGAGCGAGACAGACACAGACCCAAACACAAGAAAGGCUCCAUGGACAUGUCGCCCUCGCUCAUUCUUCCAAACAUCAUGGUGCCCGACAAGGCCUACAACAGCGCCACCUCGGGGGGAGGCGUAACCUCUCUGCCUGCGUCCUCUCAGAAGCGACUGGACGACGGCGCCGGCCGGUUCACCAACGCCAACUUCCAGGAAGUGUCGUCAUCUCACGGCGGGGGAACCUCCUCCAAGGACGGGCUGAACGCCGCCGCCGUCGACGCGGCCAAGGCGGCGGCGCCCGAGGCCAAGAACAAGAAGAGCGGCGCCGCCGGCGGCCCUCACGCGGUCGGACAGAGGGGCGGCCGCAAGUCUCUCACCUCGUCAGGGAAACCGCUGCCCUCAGCGGUGGUCACCAUGGCUACCUCCUCCACGUCUGCCUCCGCUUCCACGGGGCCUUUCCAUCAAGGCCUGCUGCUGACCAGUGCCAGCAAGACUCCCGCCGCCCCUUCCUCCUCAGACUUCCUCAGUUUCACCGACUCGUCGCUGCGCCCCGGCGUCGGGACGUCUUUCUCCUCCCCGCCGUCUUUCAGCAGCUGUCUGGUCAAGUCGAGCUCCGAGGGCGGCACGUCAGAGGGGACCACCACUCUCUUCGGUUCCCUCAUGUCUGCCACCACGACCUCCGCCGCGGUCGGUGGAAAGCUGUACGAGAACUCCCACAGCCACGCAGCGAGUGAAACCACCAGCCUCGUCGGCUCGACGGGCUACAAGCGGACGCAGCCCUCCGGCGGCGGGCUGGGGGCGGGCGCCGCGCCGGCAGCGGCCGCGGAUGACGGCGUCAAGAAGAAGAAGAAGGGCAACUGGCGGAACAGAUUCGGACCUUGCUUCACCACAGACGUCAAACCCUCGGAGGCGGCUCCAUCCCUCACGCUCCCUUCCUCCUCCGCAGCCAGCAUCACCCCCUGCUCCACCUCCACAGCCUCCACCGCCUCCUCCACGUCCUCGACGCUGUCGGGCCGACCCGGCUUGGUUUCCAGCAGCGGCUUAGGAGGAGGAGACAGGGGACUCGGGGUGAUGGGCGGCCUCCAGAAAUCCCCGUCGCUCCUCAGGAACGGGAGUCUGCAAAGCAACAGCGGCUCCACGACCACUGGCUCAGGUGUCUUCUCCGCAGCCGACGGGUCAUCGUCGGGGACAGCAGCCGUCGCCAUGGGCGGGGCGAGCGCCGAGUUGUCACAGCAACCGCAGCCCACACCUUCCCUAGCGCCUCCCUCUCCAUUCACCGCCACGGCGCCGCUCAACAGCACAGCCUCCACACACGCUCUGCCGGGCUCCGUGUUCAACCUGGCCCCCCCACACAUGUUCGGCAACAGGCUGAACCCCAACUCCACCAUGGCAGCUCUCAUCGCUCAGUCCGAGGCCUCGCCAGCAGAUCAGGAGCUGGGAGACGGCGGCGGCGGCAGCAGCAGCGGAUCUCAGGGCUUCUCCAUAAGAGCUUCUCCUAAGACCACCCCGCGCUCUCCCAUUGGCGGCCUGCAGAUCCGGUAUGACUCCUCGGGGUCGUUGCCGGGGCCAGGGUUGGGGUUGCUAGGGGCCGGGGGUGGCAGCGGCAGCGGCGGCGGCGGGGAGACGCUGCCCCCGGUGGCCACCAGCAUCGAGCAGCUCCUGGAGAGGCAGUGGAGCGAAGGGCAGAGCUUUCUGCUGCAGCAGGGAGCGCAAGGCGACGUGGUGGCAAUGCUGAAGUCCCUCCACCAGCUGCAGGAGGAGAACAGGAGGCUGGAGGAGCAGAUCAAAACCCUGACCAUGAAGAAGGACAGACUCCAGCUCCUCAGCGCGCAGCUUUCAGUGCCUUUCACCCAGACGGCCGCUUCCUCGGGUGAUGUGAAGGGAUCCUACCCCGGAGCCACAGACUCGUCUAUACCAGCAGCGGCUCAGGACGCCGCGUCGUGCGGCGGGCACAGCAGCUGCGGCUCCACCUCCUCGCUCUCCGCCUCGCCCUCCGUCUCCCAGAGCCCGCCCCAGCCGGCGCUCAACGGCGUCGCCGGGCUGAUGGGCGCGCUGGGAGCAGGCAACCCGCUGGGCAUCGGCGGGAUCGUCGGAGCGCUGAACGGCGUGAUCCAGACGCCGGGCGGCCCCGGCAGCCCUCACACUACAGGAGCGGCGUCCGGCGUUGCGCUCCCUGUUAAUAGCAGCGCCGCUCGGCUCGGCCUGCUGUCCGAGCAGCAGCGACUGCUCCUGCAGCAGCAGCACCAGCUCCAGCAGCUGCUGUCCUCCCAGUCCUCAGCGGACCAGCAGCAGCAGGCGCUGCUCCUGCAGCUGAUACAGCAGCAGCAGCAGCAGCAGCAGGACCUCCAGCAGCUGCAGUCCCUCUCCUCCACGGCCCAGAUCCCCAACAUGCCGCUGUCUAACAACCUGCUGCCCGGCGCCCAGAGCCAGGGCCAAGGCGCCAUCGCCGCCAACCCCUUCCUGGCGCUGCAGCACUCGCACGCCGACGCGCACGGCCCGGCCGCGGGGAAGCCCCGGGCGGCAGAGAAGGCCGUGGGCAUGGCGGGCCAGGAGAAGACAUGACGCUCUGAUUUACUCUCUUUUUUUUUAUUAUUAUUAUUUUUUUUUUCAAUAAAUAUGCAGCGUUGCAAGAUCGGCCUUUUGGUCAACUUCAGAGCUCAUCAGCUGGACGGAAACGCUCGUUUUGUGGGAGAGUUUUGCCAUCCGCCUUGUACAGUUCCUCCCUCGCUCAAACUGGGCCAGCUCACUUCGGUUCUGCAGCUUUUUCUGGUUUAAAACUUGACCCUGAAUUCUGUUCAUGUGUGCUAUUUAUUUCAGUCUAACUUAAAAGUUUUGUUCUUUUUUUUUUUUUUAAACUGUAGCGCUGCUUCUUUGUUCCCUUUUUGUCUUUUAGUUGGGUUUUAAUUUAACAGCGUCAUAAUAUAGCGUCAGAGUAAAAUGCGUCUUUUUUUUUCUCUCUCUCUCUCUCUCUUCGUCUUUGAUUUCCUCUGAAUCAUCUUUUAAGGGUCCGUUUCCAGGAGAGUUAAUAGUUUCUGUCAUAAUUCUGAUUGUUGUUUCCUGUCUUCUUGGCUUCUUCUCGUUUCCGUCACGAUGUUUCAAACUCAGGGGCCUCCGCUAACCGGAGCAGUUUGCGCAGCAGCCGAGCUGGCGCACAGAGAACUACAGAAGAAUAAUAAAUAAAAAAAAUUAAAAAAAACGCAGCAAUACACGAGCAUGUAUAAAAAUACACUUCCCUGGAAUAGCACUGAACAGUAGCAGAUGUGUGUUUGACAUCUGUCUCGCAGCAGCCCCGAGGGGAAUAUUGGGUCAGCGUUUGGGGGGCCGGGGGGGGGGUGUUGGGGGCAAAAAAAAAAAAAAGAAAAGGAAUUGCCCACAUGUUGUGGCUGCUGCCUCUCUCCUCUCUCUGUCACUCUGUGUGCUGCAGAUCCGUUCAUGUCAGCGAGCCGAGCGCCGCGCGGUCACCGCAGAAGCCUUGCUGUCGACUGUCUCUUCUCUGGGCCAGAUACAGGGUGGUGGGGGGGGGGUCUCAGUCGGGGAUGUGAGACACUUAGCAGAGGGGGACUCAAAAAAAAUGGACUUAAAGACAGCUUGGAGGCUGUAAUCCAUAUCACUGGGAGUCAGACACAAAGUGGACCGGCAGCGAAAUGGAAAAUGGAAGCGUUGUCGUCCCAUCCUCCUGUCUGAGCGCCGCCCCCCAACCCGCCACCCCUUACACCCCCCCACCCCACCCCGGCCUGCACCUACCUCUUCGAGCAGGACCUAAAAGGCCGAAACACGGCGGCCGCUUUGGGGGACAACAAAACCCCACAGCAGUGCGGACUGGCCGAUCAGGGUCCAAACCCAAGUGCCUGAGGCCAAAUGGGUGGGGGUGGGAGGUGAGGGGAGGGUUCCUUCUUACCUCUUAAGUUUUUGUUUUGUUUUUUGUUCACACAGCGCUCCUGGUGAUUACGCUGCACUGCUAAAAGGCAACAGAUUUAAGAGAAACACUUUCCAGCUCUUUUAAUAAAGUCAAAUGUAUUCUGCUCAGUUCUUUAAUAUUACAAAAAAAAUAACAUUUGCGUUGUUUUUCUUUUUCUUUAUUUAUCUGGAGUGUUUGUGUACUGUGCAUAAAAUGAUAUAUUUUAAAAAAAAAUUGCGAUUCAACAUCCUUUUUUACUACUGUGUACAGUUCUUUUUUUUUUUUUUUUUUGUCCUCCAACACACAGUCUGAUUUUGCUGUAAACUCCCUCUAAUGACGUCUGCUCUGUGUCACGUGUUUGAAAGCUAGAAGCUAUUUAAUAGUUGGUUAAUUGGGGGGUGAGCGGGAGGUGUGUGUGGGGGGGGGGGGUGUAUAUAGCUGCUUAUAGGGGAGGAGGAAAUGUGUUGGGUGUGGCACAGUCUUUACCUCGUUGAGUGUACAUAAAGCUUUCUCAUUGGCCGUUCGGUGUACAUAAGUGAUUGUGAUUGGCCGUGACGCCGGCGGAGCGUGGAGUCGGCGGCGCGUGUGUGAUGAGAAUGUUUCUAGGACCAGAAGAAUAAGAUGAGCAGUGACUGGACACACAAAAGUAUUAAUUUAUUUUUCUAUGUGCAGGGACAUUGUGGUUCUUUUGUUUUUUUUUGAGGGUUGCACCUGUUUGUUGAUUACUUUUUUUUUUUUUUUUUACUUGGCACUAUGUUUUUAUUUGUCCACACAAAUGUGUUUUCAAUCAGUUUUGUAAAAGAGGGGGGUGGGAAAUUAAGGCGAGGAGUGAGGUCUCAUAUUGUAUUUCAAAAUGCAAAAAAAUAAUAAACUCUGGAUUAAGAAAAUUA